AGCCGCCUGGGGCCGUGGGGCAGAUUGGGGAACAGAGAGGCCCGCUGCGUCGCCUGCCCCGCCGCCGCCGUGCCGCAUCCCUCGCCGCCAACCGCUCGGAGAAUCGGCCCUGCUGCCCGACUCGGCAGGAUCCGUCGCUCCCAAACUGGCGUCGUACCGCCGCCUCCUCCGCCGCCGCCAUGCUGCUCCUCCGAAGGCACCUCCUACCUCUGCUCCACGCGAUCUCCCCGCUCCGUUCCCAAAUGCACCACCGUGCCUGCCCCCUACUCUCCAUCUCCACUUCCGCCGCCCCUUUCUCCCUCGAGGACUACCUCGUCGCCGCUUGCGGCCUCGCCCCAGCUCAAGCCCGCGAGACGGCCGAGAAAGCGCUCGAUGAAGCAUCCAGACAAAGUAAGAAGAAGACAUUCGUGGACCUCUCCCGGUCCCGCCUCGGGUCCGCGUCCAACCCGGACGCCAUCCUCGCCCUGCUCUCCGGCGUCGGCCUCACCCGCACCGACAUUGCUUCCAUCGUCGCGGCGGACCCGCUGCUCCUCCGCUCCUCCGUGAAGAACGUCAGCCCUCGCCUCCUCGCCAUCCGCGACGGCCUCGGUCUGUCCGCUCCCCAGAUCGGUCGCUUCCUCCUGCUCGGCUCACGCGCCCUCCGCUGCCGCGAUGUCGUUCCCAAGCUGGAGUACUUCAUCUCCUUGUAUGGCUCAUUUGAGCGGGUCCUCGCGAUCAUGAAGAGCAGCAACAGCAUCCUACUUUCGGACCUUGAGAAGGUGAUCAAGCCUAACAUCGCGCUGCUUCGCCAGUGUGGUCUAAGUGUUCGAGAUAUUUCCCAGCUGUGUUCACUCAACACGCGGUUGAUUUCCUUCAGUCCAGAGCGUGUCAAGGAGUUAGUACUACGUGCGGAAGAGCUUGGGGUGCACCGCAGCUCGCGGAUGUUCAAGCACGCAGUCAGAUGUAUCUCAGCAAUCAACGAAGAGAAGCUUGCUGCCAGGCUUGAAUUUUUGAAGAGUACUCUUGGUUGCACCGAGAGUGAAGUUGCAACUAUAGUGUCCAAGCAACCAAAUAUUCUAGGAUACUCUGAGGAGGGUCUUCUCCGCAAGAUUCAAUUCUGGAUCAAAGUGGUUGGAGUGGAGCCUCAGUACAUUGUUAAAAGGCCUACCAUGUUAUCAUACAGCCUGGAGAAGCGGCUACUGCCCCGGCAUUGUGUCAUGAAGGUCCUGCAGAAAAAGGGAUUGCUGAGUAGUAAAAUGGCCUUUUACUCAUUUGCUCUAAUUGGAGAGGAGACUUUCAAGUUGAAGCAUAUCGAUUGUCACAAGGACUCUGUUCCUGGGCUUGCAGAUGCUUACGCCACAGCUAGUGCUGGUGUUGUGCCCUCUGGAAUCAAAUUAUAACAUCUGAAAAUGUUCCUAUCCUUUUCGUUGGAUGGUGUAAAUGCAAUUCAUACUCAUUAGAAGCUGUUGAUAGUGCAGGCAUUCUCAAGUCUUCUUUCUGCACUAGAACUACUACUGAUCGCUGGCUGCUCAUAGUCCAAGUUUAUGCAGCUAGUGCCCUGGCAUUUUGUCAUUAGAUAAAACGUGAGAGGAGGCUUUCAGAUUGAAGUUUGUUGACUGUCGCAAGGUCUCUGUUCCUCACCUUGCAGGUUAUUAUGCUACAUCUUCUGCUCGUGAUGUGCCCCCCAAAGUCCCACUAUCUUCCUGAAAUAUUUAAUAUUCUUGAUAAGGUGGAUGGUCGAUUUUAGAAGUGCAACUGUCCAUGGUUUGUUUUAGCAAUAGAACUACUACUGAUCUUUGACUGGUCACUGUCCAAGAUUAAGUUGUGAUUGCCUAUGAGGAACUGGUUUGAGUUGUUCUAGAUACUUGCUGACGAGUAUAGUCUACUAGUCAUUCUUCUUCCAAGCACGUGACUUGAAUUAUCCUCAAAAUUAUCUCUUCUUCAGCAGAAUGGUCGUUAUAGUACUAAAGAUGCUAGUAACAUGAUGGUAUUAGCUUCCAGUUUUGUCCAAGCAUUUUUGUUUAGCAUGUUUAUAUCUAGCUGAUGUUAAGUACCUGACACUAGCUUUGUUUUUUGAAUGACCCGUAGCUCAUUCUUGUAAGAUGAUACCUGACACUAGCUUUGUUUUUUGAAUGACCCGUACCUGACACUAGCUUUGUUUUUUGAAUGACCCGUACCUGACACUAUUGUGGAUACUGCAAUGCUGUGAAGUGUGACGAUUAUGAAAUUUAUGAUUCCUAGCAUCCUAAUAUUCAAACUUUUGGUUAUUGCUCCAUGCACAACCUUCAUUCGCUAUCAUGCCUUUUUGUUUUCUCUCUCUAUAAUUCUAUUCAAACAUUGAAGCCGGAUAUGAUUGUAGUCCUUGGGGACAUCUCAGCAAAGGGUUCAGAGUUAACAGAGCGCAAAUGGAUAUCUGUUAUUGAGCAGUUCGAGGGCAUAUCGGGGCAUCACUCUAGUCUUCCUCUUCUCAUUUCAUUAGGUGAUAAGGAUGUUGGCACUUGUGCCAAUUUGGAGAGAAAAAUUGUACACCGCAGGGCCAAACAUUUGCCUGGAUUGGAUUCUUGCGGGUAUGGUGCUUUUGAGGUUAGUAAUGUGAGUUUUGUAUCACUAAAUGCGGUUGCACUGCUCUGUGGCAACCAUGACUUGUGGUGUGGCGCUGAGAAGUUUAUGGAGAGGGAAAGCCAUCAUUUCCAAACUAAGAAUCAAGGAGAAUGUUACCCUUUGGGAUGUGAAAAAAGAGAAGGUUCUACUGACAUCAGCUGGAGGCAGAACAGCAUGGAAUCUGGGUCUGGUCCUGUCAUUUUGCUACAUUUUCCACUGCAUAGGUUUGAUGCAGAAAUUACUGGUGUUCCCACAUCUUCAGAGGCAAUAGUCUCAGAUCAUUCAUUAUUUCGUCAGUUUUCUCAAGUUCAAAAUAAGGAGGCUAUAUGAUCACCUGCAUAUCCUCCCAGCGAAUUCAACUCAGUAUAUUCUUCAGGCACUUAAACCAAGGAUUAUAUUUAAUGCUCAUAUUGGUAGCUUCUCAGACUUUCUCCAUGCUGAUGGGACACGUGAAGUAACAGUACCGGCUAUGACAUGUAAGACAAAAGGUGUACUUGGUUUUGUCAUUACUGCAUUUGACACUAAAGGGACUGUGACUCUGAGUUGUUGUUUGUUGGCCAAGGAAUGGCAUGUAAUUAUGGGAUACUUAGCAUUCUUGUGCCUGACAGCUCUUUCAGUUAAAUUGUCACAUUGAUUGGAAUGAAAUAUUGAAUUGAAUCUUUUCUCAAGGUUCUCAAGCUCAAUCUGGCAAACUGGUAUAUAAAUCGCUGCCAUCUUCUGUGGUGGCCCAGAGACCCAGAGACCCUGCAGUCCUGCAGACCAAGAGCAGUGGCUACUUGCUUCAUCUGCAAUGGUAGCUAUGAACUGGCUCCGCUGUAUGGGAGUACCAAGUCAGGUCUACGUCUACCUGCCUUGUGUCAUGUGUGCCUCCUGAUCUGUCAACUAUAAAGGUUGUGAUGCCAUUUGCCUGCUGAGAACACGGCCUCUGGAAGUGGCAAGCAUCAUGAGAAGCCCUCUAGUCUUAUCGCAGCAUUUAACAAAAUGACAAUUGAGCAAUUUAUUUAGCCA